CUUCCAGCAGUUUCGAGUGAGCCCAAUAUACAGGCCUGAGAUGUGGGGUGAGGAUAGAAAGGUCACCCUGUAUUGUACGGCUUCCAACUGCCCAAAGGAGGUCCAGGUGACAUGGACUGUGACCGAGGCUGAUGGACAGAGCGUCAUGAUGUCAGAUAGAGAGAGUGAGAAGGAGAAGUUACUGAGUGAUUACACUGUAAGAACUGACCAAUCACAGGCUGAUGGACAGAGCGUCAUGAUGUCAGAUGGAGUGAUUGAGAAGGAGAAGUUACUGAGUGAUUAUACUGUAAGAACUGCCCAAUCACAGGCUGACGGGAUGCACAAUGUCAUCACUGUACUAAACAUCACACCCAGUGUAUUAAAACACAAAGACACGAAGAUUGUCUGUAAGUUUAUCUGUGACGGGAAAACCAAGGAAAGAAAAAUCAAAUGGAGAUUUCAACUACUAAAACCCCAGAUAUUGGAUGAUACCCCUAUUAAACUAUCGCUGUGUGACUCGGGUGACGUGCUCUGCUCGGCCAGUCUGCAGAACUUUCAUCCUAAAGAUAUUCAGAUCACAUGGAGCUGUGGAGUUGGACAUUAUCAGGAUCUGGAGACCUUUAAGGAGACAGUUACAGUAAAUUCCCAGCAGACGUUUAAUGCUGACAGUGAAUGCAGGAUUCCUGGUGACCUAUUCAAAGAGCCAGGAUUUAAAGUACGCGUCCACUGGAGACAUGAAUCCAUGGAUGGAUCUGGAUGGAAGGAAGUGUCUGCAGCAGACUUGCCUUGGCGCCCUCAGAUAGGAGAUAUAAUAAUACCGGAUUUGUUACACAGCGCUGAGGCCAAGCUGCAAUGUACAAUCUCUGGCUAUUUCCCUGAUAAUCUGGAUGUGAAAUGGUUCAGGAGGGAACCUGGAAAGCAGGAACUGUACCUUGUGUCUCCCAGUGAGAAAUACAAGCUCCCAGUGAUGGAUGUAACCAGACAGGAGGAUCGGACUUAUACCUGUACAGCCAGUCUGAUUGUCACAGUGUCUGCUAGAACUGAUCAGGGAGCAGAAUUCGUCUACCAGGUGGGACAUCCCAGUGUGGAGAGACCCUUGGAGAGAAGAACAGGAGAACUAAGUGUGAAAGGAAUCCCAGUAAUAGGGAACUUUGUACAAAUGGAUCGAUAUAUCUCAUUGGACAUUGAUGGCUUUUACCCGAAGGAUAUUACGAUAACCUGGAGCCGGGCUGACAAUAACAGAGAGGAUUAUAAGAGAAUCCCUGACUCCUCCAUUCAGAAUACAUCACAUCAGAAUAACGAUCGCACCUACAGUCUAACCAGCAGGUGUGAAGGUCUGACAUGGACAGAUCGUAUAAAUCUGGAUAUCAUCUUUUUAAAGGUGGUGGUGGAACACGAUAGCCUACAGUCUCCAGUAGAGCACAACUUCCAGCGUUUAUAUGGAGACUUUUAUUUUUAUGAGGACGGAAAAAAGCAAAAAAUACCCAAGAAAUGAAAUCACAGCAGCUUCAGAGACAG